GUCAGUGUGCUCUGCUCUCCCUGUGGCUGCAGCGCGUCGACGCAUUGUUGCAGAAGAACCAGGAGGAAAAAAAAAGUCCCAUUGUUGUUGCGAACUUUUUAAUCUGGAGAUUUAAAUCACAUCACAUGCUCAGACGGAGGCAGCGGGCGCUCAACGAGGAAAAACACAGCAAACACUGAUUCUGGACAGGACAAAGUUUUCAUCCUGGACCUGGAAGGACACACGGCAACUUUUUAUUAACACGCUGCGAUGGGAGUUUAAGAUCCGUGGUUUUUAAAGAGCUGGAACCAGCAGAGAUUUUUUCUUUGGUCAGAAUAUAACGUGAAAGCUGGAUUUUCAGCACAAACAUGACGCACACGUACAGCCAGCGGUCUCUCAUUGUCCUGUCUCUGCUGGGGAUUUUAUCCGCCAUUAUGUCUGUUUUAUCGGUCACCUUGAUUUUCCAGCUCCACUCUCAACGGGCGUCCGUGAAGGACUCUCCCCCCUCCACGUCCACGCUGAUGCCCGCUCAUUUGUGGACCGUCCUGCUGCCGGUGUCCACGGUUCUCUGUGCUCUGUCCCUCACCCUCCAUCUCUGCUCUGUGGUGGUUUGUCUCCUGCACAGUUACUUCUGCACAGAAGUCUGCAGAGGAGAGCAGGACACUGACAGAGCAGACUGGUUCCUUUUAGACAGCAGAGCUGUUCGACACGUGGCUGUUGGACUGUUCUGCCUGGGUGUUUCUGUUUAUCUGGCAGCAAUGUCCAUCUUCAUGCUCCUAACAUUUGAGGUGGAGACGGGUAUAGCCAGUGCCUGUGUCCUCGCUUCAGGAAUCCUGAUUUUGCUGCUGGUUGUAAUCCACUCUCUGGUCAAAGCUGCCUGUAGCAGUAAGCACCAUCACAGAGACCACCUCGACACGCUCUUCCAGAACGACCACGGAAGAGGCAACACGCCCGUGUCUCGGCCCUGCGAGCUCAAUAUCGGCGUGGACAAACCACGAAUGCACCGCAGCCAGUCUCACCUCCAACAUCAGCUCUCCUACACUCAGCGAGAGCAAUACCAGCAACAGCAGUGUUCUCCUGCUAGAGGCUCACAGGGCCUUGCUAGUGACAAAGAUGGCUACAGCAGUGGUGGAAGCUGCCCCCGAAUGCACAGGACCCUGUCUACUGAAUCUGGUAUACUACAGGCCCAGGCUAAACCCUGGAAUGGAGUCAACAAUGAGAUGAGGAGUGUCCUUGCCCGCAAGUCAGGGAUUUCUGCUAAAGAUUCUACUCUUGUGUGACAGAAAGAAAGCUAAUCUUUUGGGUAAACCGAUAGGUUACGCACUGGUGACUUUCAUGUACAGUAUAUCAAAAAACACUACAUACAACAGUCAUUUCAAAUGUACCUGUCAAUCUGUAGUGUCUUGCACUCAUGCUUAUUCUUACUGAUUAUACAGUAGACAACACUGAACCAAGAUUGACAAACAUUUCCCAUUUAUCUGCUGAUUUCUCCAGUUGGGAUUAUAAAGCAUUCGGACAUAUUUUGUAUAAAUGGUAGUGUUUUUUUAUAUCUUGACAAAAGAAUUGCUGUAAUAAUGUAAAUACUUUAUUUACACUAUACAUGGUAGCUUUUUGCCAAAUAUUUGAACUCAAUGUGCAGAUGUGUUUUGUUCCUGUAAGUUUCUGUAAAAUAUGAUUGAAUUUCAAAGUAGAAUGACUUUGAACAAUGAAAUUUGAUUAAAACGAUCUAAAAAUGUU